AUGGCCGCCGCCGCCGUUCAAAUCCCUAGACAGCCGGACAUUUCAUAUGCCCCCGACUAUGACAACUACCUCAACCGCAUCAAGCGGCGUCAGGAGAGCGAGAAGCUCGAAAAGUCUCUCCCACAAGGCUUUCCCGCGAAGCUUGAGUCCGAUCUUGUCUGGGAUGGAAGGAACUUGGCCGAGACAUACGACUGGAACUACCAUUUGACCCAGAGCGAUAUUGCUGAGGUCGACCAAGCCCUUCGCCACUUCAAGUCACUCAACUUGGGCCUGGGCUAUGUUACUCAAGAGACGUUUCCUCUGUCAAAACUUCACGAUACUCUAAGGGAAAUCUCAAAAGAAGUUCACCUAGGUCACGGUUUCAAGGUCGUCAAGGGUGUUCCGGUUGAUAACUACAGCCGCGAGGAGAAUGUCAUCAUCUAUGCCGGCAUUGCAUCUCACAUUGCCCCCAUUCGCGGUCGACAAGAUCAUCAACUCGACGGAAAGCCAGCUGAUGUUGUUCUCGCACACAUCAAGGAUCUCAGUCAGGAGAUUGACCCUCACAAAAUCGGAGCGCCGGCCUAUACGGCUGACAAGCAGGUUUUCCACACUGACGCUGGAGAUGUUAUUGCUCUCUUUGCUCUGGGAGAGCCGGAAGAGGGCGGCCAGAGCUUCCUGUCAAGCAGCUGGCAUGUGUACAAUGAGCUUGCAGCAACGCGGCCCGAUCUUAUCCGGACUUUGUCUGAGCCAUGGGUCGUCGACGAGUUUGGGAAGCGUGGCAGGAGUCAUACCGUUCGACCUCUUCUAUACUUCCAGCCCGCUACUGCAGACACCCCUCAGCGCCUCAUCAUCCAAUAUGCGCGACGUACCUUUACGGGAUAUUGGGGCCUUCCUCGAUCGACUGAUAUUCCUCCCAUCACUGAAGCCCAAGCUGAGGCGCUGGAUGCUCUGCACUUUACAGCUGAGAAGUACCGCGCGUCGCUCGACUUCCACAAGGGCGACAUUCAGUUUGCUAAUAACUUGAGCAUUUUUCAUGCUCGUGAUAAAUUCCGGGACUCUCCAGAGAAAAGACGUCAUCUUGUCCGUCUUUGGCUGCGUGACCCAGAGCUGGCCUGGGAGACGCCCGAACCGCUGAAUGAUACGUGGGAUAGGAUUUACAAGGACGUUAAGCCUGAAAACUCCGUGUUCCCGCUGGAGCCAAGAGUUCGUAGCGCAAGUGACGGAAAGCCUGAUCAGCAGAAGUACCAGUAG